AUGCCACGUAAAUAUCGUCGAUUAACACGUGAGUUUACUGUAGAUUUUCGGGGGUACUGUAGAUUCUAGGGGGCCCGAAAUCCGGGAAUUUUUCGAGCCCAAAUAAGCCCGGGCCCCCUCGGGGGCCCAGAAAAGCCCUAAAACUUGGGCCGGGAUUUGUCACCUGCCACGUGGCCUUUUUCCUAAGCCGCAUUAAAAAUCCAUCGAUUUUUCUCCCCAAAUCCCCGGAUUUUCCACCUAAUCUCUUUUUUUUUCUCCAAUUUUUCAUUUUUCCUAAAUUUUGGAGUUAGCCUAAAUGAAUGGUUGUGAAAACUAAUGGUAGAAGAAGAGGUUAGACAAAUUUUGGCUCAAAAUGCUCCAAAAAAUCUGGAAUUUUUUCAGCCGUCUCUGAAAUUUUCGAGGGUGUCGAGCGAAUCGAAAAUCCGGCCGAGCAAUUCAAUGCACUUCGCGAGUUUAUUCGAACUCAGGGAAAUCGGAAUUUGGAUGAGAUGCACCCGCGAAUCAACGCGGUGGUUAUUCGAUGUUUGCUGGCUUCCGAAGAGAAUUCAGAGCAUCGCGCUGAAAUUGGCGAUUUUAUCAAUGAGGUGGGUGAGAAAAAACAAAAAAAAAAUUUUUUGAGUAGCCCGCACCCGGCAUCGAACCCACGACCUCUAGCUCGCCGGCUCGGCGCUCUACCACUGCGCCAUCGCGCCUGUUUGUUUCCCCUGGCUUUUUUCGCCUUGCACACACACCUCGGGUACGUAUUUUGAUUCUCGCACACUUGUACGUUAAGUACACCUGAGAUGUCCAUAUGGAGACUCUCACGUGUACGUAACGGAUAAAAUUACGGACAUAAAAAGUGUACUUUUGAAAUUUCAGAAUUUAUUUUUAAGAUUGAUAAUGUGAAUCUAUUUCAAUUAUAGAUAAGUUCAAAAUUGACUGCAAUUCAAUAUUGCUUCAAAAAAACUUCCAUUCCCUGGCGUUUUUUAGCGAAACACGCUUUGGGAAAUGGGAGCGCUCUGUCUACUUAUAUAAUUCAAGCGACCGACACCUCGCGUGCUGCGCGCUGCGCUAUGUUUUCCGUGUGAAGUGGGCGGGGCUUAUCUUUUUUUUUUCUGGAUUUCGCGUUUUUCUUGCAAUUUUUGAGUUUUAUUUGCAAAUAAAAACGUGAUAAAAUAUGAAAAUGACUGAAAAUAGAUGGGAUAUCAGUCCAGGAAUGAAACUUAGACCUAAUGUCGAGCAAAUUUUUCUUUUUGAGUGGAAAAUGAAGACAAAAAUGGCCAAAUUUGUAUAGAAACAAUUAACUAGGCACGUCGUGCCACCACACAAAUUCGAGGAGACGCAGACAUUCAUUUUCGGUUAGAAAGUCGCUGCGAGACCUCAACACAUCAAAGGGCGACGCCGAUGUGGUCUAUAAACGCAGCGACAGACGAAAAAGCGGCGCGGCCAUGCGCUAUGUUUUGUGUGUGUGUCUGCUUGUCUGCUGUGUCUGCCAACAGCACACUGUAUCGCCCGAGGGGGAAGGAAAGGCGAGAGAUGGUUCUGCCUGUGUUAAAAGUCUGCGUCUCCCAGAAAUUUAAUUUUUGUAUCGGCUGGCAUAGCGUGUAGGAAAGAAAAAGUACUGAAAUUAUGAAAGAACUUAUCUAUAAGACGUAGGAUGGAAAAUUUAUAAAAAUGAAAAUGUAUUUUUUAUAGGUUACAAAAAAUGUACUUAACGUAUACUUUAUGGAGAUGAAAAAGUGUACGUUAUGGAAAUAAUACAUCUCCGUUACGUGUACUUUUCAAAAAGUCUUUUGCAUCUAUUCAUUUGCGAAAACGCACGAAAAAAAUGUAUUUUUUUACAAUAUUUUUCUAUUCACCAAAAUCACAAAUUGUCGCGAAAUACAUGCAAUCGUGACGAGACCCACACUCAUUUCAAGGCAACGAGUGUGAAAAAUGCAUGCUUUCGAAAAUUUCAUUUCUUGUUUUUUUUUCUCGCAUGUUUUUCUCCUUGAAAUGUGUGUGGGUCUCGUCACGAUUGACAUUUAUUUCGUGCAUUUUGGUGAAUAGAAAAAUAUUGUAAAAAAAUAAAUUUUUUUCGGUUUUUUUCGCAAAUGAAUAGAUGCAUUUCCGAUUAUCGAAUUGAGUUUUUGAUUCAUUCUUUGACAUCACAAACAUUGAGAAAACAACGAAAAUUAAAGGGGGUACGAGCUAAUCAAAAUUUUAUGGAAAAAAAUAUACCAUCUGAAAGAGGAGGUUUCGUUUAGUAUGUACUCAAAUUUUUAUAAUUAUUUUUCACGUUUUAAUACUAUUUUUUCACGCGCAAACACGAAAAAGUUGCGCUCGACUUCAGAGAAAUAGCAUGCAGACACGAGAGACACAGCGUAUUUAAGCCCCGCCCCUUCUAUGCGCUGUGUCUCUCUUUCUUGUGCGCUAUUUCUCUGAGGUCGAGCGCAACUUUUUCGUGUUUGCGCGUGAAAAAAUGGUAUUCAAACGUGAAAAAUAAUUAUGAAAAUUUGGGAACAUACUAAACGAAACCUCCUCUUUCAGAUGGUAUAUUUAUUUCCAUAAAAUUUUGAUUAGCCCGUACCCCCUUUAAGUUUUUCGAAAAACCUCCAAUGAUUUAUCAAUUUUUGCCAAGUCUACUUUACGGAUGAAUAAUAUACACGUUACGUCCACUUUUCCAAAAUUUCAACUUUCACCAUAAAUUUAUUCGAAAUGGUCUCGAAACCUCGCGAAAAGUUGUUAAACUAACUCCCAAGCUCAUAAGGGACAGAUUUAGUCCAAAAAAACAGUCAAAAUCUUCCAUGAAAUUUUACACGUUUUGUAUCCGUUGAAAACACGUAUACGUUAUGGACAAAAAUAAGUAUACGUUAUGGAUAAACUAUCCCUAACGUAUACCUAAGGUAUACGUAGCCUAGGUGUGUGUGUGACUAUUUCGUUUGCAGGGACAAUUGGGAUGUCUUGGGACGAAUCAAGCGCCGAAGCCGGUUUUGGUAAUUUGUCAAAUGUAUGCAGAAUAUAUAAAUGAGAGGACAGCAGAUGUUGGAGCGGUUUUCGAGAUAAUUCGGCGAUUUCAUAAGGAUGAUCCGUUAGCCAGGGGACACAUGUUGGAAUGUGUGAGUUUGCCGAUUUUUUGACACCAAACAUGCCGGAUUUUUGUUACAGGUCUGGAAGAUAAUGCCAGCCAGUCUCUACAGUACUUUUGGCCGUAAACUACAAGAGUACGGUGAUUUUUUGGGGCACGGGCAAAUGCCGAAAUUCAUCGAUCUCGUCCUAAAUAAAUUUCGCAUCGAAUUCGAGUUAGCGAAACUCGACACCACCGAAAAUCGCAACAAGAUUUUUGUGACUUGCGAAAAUGCCAGCUGGUUUUUGACGCGCGAACGAUUUUUGUGGAUUUUGAUGGCGAGGACACCGUAUAUUUUGUUGAUGCCACCGGAUUUUGGGUGGAGAUAUGCGAUGGUGAGGAUUUUCCGGGUUUUUUGACACCAAACACGGCUUUCGCGCGAAAAUUGCGCAUUUUUUGACCCCAAUAAUGUUUAGAGGCACUUCCGCAUUCGUUUCGCUAUCUGAGAGAGACGCAGAGAAGCUAGAGGGUUAGAGACGCAGAGGGAUAUACACUCGCUCCGCUCGAAUCGCUUUGCGGAAGAUUCCGGGGCGCUUCGCGCAGGCUCGCGGAAGCUAGACGGCUAGAGAACACUGUACAAGCAGAGACGAAGAGGAACUAGAGAGCUAAAGACGCAGAGGGAUUACACUAAUGUUAGAGAUACCAGACGACUAGAGAACACUACAAGAAUUAGAGACGCAGAGAAAACAGAGGGUUAGAGACGCAGAGGGAAAUACACUCGCUCCGCUCGUGCCGCUUACGCGGAAGAUUCCGGGGCGCUUCGCGCAGGCUUGCGGAAAAAGCCUAUUUUUCGAGUUUAGAUAAGCCUAGGACCCGAAAAAGCCUAUUUUUUGAGUCUAAAUAAGCCUAGGUAACAAAUUUUCCAAUUUUUCAACAAAACCCACCCCAAAAAACUCACAAAUCCACCAAAAUCUAUCAAUUUUCCACCAAAAAAUCGAUUUUGCCACGAAAUUGCUCAAAUUUUCCUGAAAAAAACACUAAAUUUCACCCGGAAAACGAAAAAAACGCGAAAAAUGAAAGAAAUGCCAACAAUGCGCUAAACAACAGGCAAGCCGUCAUUCAGCGGAGUGUCGUUGUAAAAAAUGCGCGUUUUUUUCUUGAAAAUUCGAUUUUUGAGUGAAAAUUGAUGGAAAAGUGAGAUUUUCGGAGGGAAAUUUGUGAGUUUAAUAGAAAAUUUAUGAAAUUUCAGGUUUUUAGUGAUGAAAUUUUGAGAAAAAUACGAUUUUUCAGUGAAUUUUGAGCUGAAAAUUUGUAUUUUCAGUGAAAUUUCUCAAAUUUUCCUGAAAAAACACAAAAAUUUCACCCGGAAAACGAAAAAACCGCGAAAAAAGCGGAAAAAUGAAAAAAUGCCAACAAUGCGCUAAACAACAGGCAAGCCGUCAUUCAGCGGAGUGUUGUUGCGAAAAAUGCGAUUUUUUUUUUGAAAAUCUGGUUUUUGAGUGAAAAUUGAUGGAAAAGUGGAAUUUUGGAGGGAAAUUUGGUGAGUUUAAUUGAAAAUUGAUGAAAUUUUAGAUUUUUCAGGCUGAAAUUUUGAGAAAAAUACGAUUUUUUGGUGAAUUCUGAGCUGAAAAAUUAUAAAAAUCAGUUUUUUUGAAUUUCAGACCCUGGCACAAGUCGGCUUCAGCCCCAACUACGAAUAUUUGUCGGUGAAUCAGGAGCGAAUCGAGCCGCUCAUCGAUUUUCUCAAGCGAAGCCUUCCGCAACAACGUUCCGCGCUUCCGGAACCGAAUUUCCCCAAAAUCGAGUUGGCUCUUCAACUUUUCGCCAAUUUUGCCACGUUGAACGCGGAAACACGCGCAAAAUUGACGCUCAUCAUUCCGCGACACGUGGAGAUUUUCGGCGAGUUGGCUGCGGAUUUGCAGCGGCGAAUUGAGGUCGAAGGCGAUUUUCGCGAUAGAAUUACUAUGGAGAAUAUGAGGUGAGCGAUUUUCCGCAUUUUCCGCACUCGAUCCGCUUCGCGGAAGCUUCCGGAGCGCUUCGCGCAAGCUUGCGGAAAAAAAUUGCGCAUUUUCCGCGACCCCUGGCAUGUUUGGUCUCAAAAUGCUCCAAAUUUUCCCGCCAAAACGCCUACAGUACUCCCGCUUCUUGCAGAAAUCGCCUCAUCUCACUUAUCAACUGGGAAACUUUGAUGCCAGCCGUCGAGCCGUCUUUCGGCUCCAACAAGACUGUCGUCACCGAAAAUCGCAUUGCGCGAUUCUUCCAGCACGCCGAAGCGGGCCGAUUUUUCUAUGAGCACGAUUAG